AUGGAAUUAUUGCAAGAUGUGAAGCUCAGUGUUGAUGACGCCACUGCUAUCGCCAUCAUCCGUCUUAAUCGGCCAACAAAGCGCAACGCCUUUUCACAGUCGAUGAUCAAUCAGCUUGUCUCUAUUCUCCGCUACAUCAAUGGUUUGGAUUCUGUGCGGGCUGUUGUUCUGGCUGGGAACCCAGAGGGACCAUUUUGUGCGGGCAUGGACAUAAAGGAACUAUCCCAACUCUCUACCGUGGAGGCGAAUCGACAGCUUUUCCUCAAGGAUCUCACAGAUGCGUUUGCAAAUUUUUCAAAACCGAUCAUAGCUGCCGUGAUCGGGGCUGCACUUGGUGGAGGUUUCGAAUUAGCAUUAGCGGCAGACAUCAUUUAUGCGGCAGAUGAUGCAAUCUUCGGUCUCCCAGAAGUCAACAUCGGCACGAUCCCGGGUGCUGGGGGCACUCAAAGGCUAACCAAAGUGUUGGGAAAACACAAGGCAAUGGAACUUAUUUUGACAGGGAGUUCGACUACAGCACCGGAUUUCGAACGGCUUGGACUUGUGAACAGAGUUUUUCCACGUCAAAAAGUUGAGAGUGAAGCCAUCAAACUCGCUCAAAAGAUUGCAACGAAGUCAGCAGCCGGACUCAAACUCGCAAAAACGGCCAUUCUUGCAGCUGAGAAUUCACAUCUUGAAGUUGGCAUGUCAUUGGAGAGGUCCUUGUAUUAUGCGACCUUUGAUUUGGAGGAUUUCCGUGAAGGGCACACGGCUUUUUUGGAGAAGAGAACACCAUAUUUUAGUCAUACAUAG